AUGGGACCUCAGCAUUUGAGCCCUGUGCAGCUGCUCUGUCUCCUAGGGGCCAUUUCUACUCUGCCUCGGGCUGGAGCUCUUUUGUGUUAUGAAGCAACAUCUUCACUCUUCAGAGCUGUUGGUCUCCAUAACUGGCAAUGGCUUCUGAUGAGGAGCAUGGUGUGUAAACUGAAUGAGGGCUGUGAGGAGACGCUGGUGUUCAUCGAGACAGGGACCAAAAGGGGAAUUGUGGGUUUUAAAGGCUGCAGCCCAGCUUCAUCUUACCCCCCACAAGUCUCCUACCUCGUUUCACCGCCCGGAUUGUCCAUUGCCUCCUAUAGCCGCGUCUGCCGGACAUACCUCUGCAAUAACCUCACCAACAUGGAUCAUUUUGUGAAACUCAAGGCCAAGGCUCCUAAGACUGUAGCAUCUUCUUCCCGUAGUUGCCCAACCUGUGUGGGCGAGCACUCUAAGGACUGCCUCCCAAGUUUUGUCACCACCGAGGCUUGCCCCGACAAUGCCACUGAGUGUUACAGUUCCACCUUAAAAUUUCAGGCAGGGGCUCUCAAUACCACCUUCCUCCUCAUGGGCUGUGCUCGUGAAUACACCGAUAUUUUAGCCCACUUUCACCAUAUUGGCAGCAUCAGAGUGACUGAGGUCAUCAACAUCUUAGAGAAGGCCCAGUUUGCUGGUGCAGAGCCCUCUAGUGGGAGACCUGCUCGGGGCAUCCUCUUAGGCCUCCUGUUUGCCUUCAGGGACUGA